GUCUGCACGUAUAUAUGUACAGAUAUACACCUCCUGAACAAACUCUCUGAUUUUCAACCUUGUGUCCCCCUGCAGAUAAUCGAGGAUCCUCCGUCAGGAUGUACGGUGACAAAAGUGCUACUGAAGAAGCGACGGCCGCUGCGGUGCAACAGGACAUCACUCUGAUCGUGGUUCUGGCGGUGCUGGUGCCCCUCGUGCUGCUUCUGCUGGUGGUCGUCUUCAGGAAGUUCAACAGGAAGGACCGCCAGGACGGGCCCAUGUACGAGAUCGCGGCGUCGGACUACCCGAUGCCCUUCUACUCCGACACGGCCAAGAAGCUGAAGGGCCUGGCGCCGGACCUGACGCAGGGCGUGGGCAUGGCGCCGCUCCCGCCCACGGCCCUCCCGCCCUGCUACGACCACGCCUACAGCGACCCUGCGUCCGUGUCGAGCGGCCACAAGUCGAGCGUGGGCGUGGUGGGCUCCAUGUACGAGGAGCACUACUCGGCGCCCGCCAGCGGAGGAGGCCCCUCGGGCAGCGCCACGCCCGCCUCCGAGCACCACUAUGACGUGCCCCACCUGCGCCCCUCGCACGACUCGCCCGCGCCCUCCGAGGCGUGCCACCUGCUGCCCUCGCGCGCCCUUGCCACGCCCACGCUCGACGGCAGCGUGGGCAGCCGCUGCCUCGACUCCCCCAUGUCUUCGCUGGAGAAGCCCCCCCGCAGCGACUCCCCCGCCUCCCUCUCCAGCAACGCCACCUCCAGUUCCCGGCCGACCUCCGCGUCCGACGGCGGGCGGGAGAGCCAGCCGCCCAAGGAGCUGCUGAGCGCCGACGGAGCCGCGUGGGGCGUGAUGACGGCGGCGGGCGGGCGUCUGGUGGUGGCCGACUACGGCGUGGUGCUCACGGUUCCCGAGGGCGCGCUGCCCCCCGAGGCGCGCCAGCAGAUGUACAUCGGCGUCAUGCCCAACGCGCACGUGCCCAAGCUCACCGAUAGGCAGACGCUGCUGAGCCCCGUGGUGAGCUGCGGCCCCACCAGCGUGAACCUCCUGAAGCCGGCCGUGCUGUCCUUCGAGCACUGCGCCUCCCUCCAGCACGCGGCCUGGCAGAUCCACGUGUUCGCCUCGCCGGCCCCGCCCCCCGUCGGCACCGUCUCGUCCGCCUCGUCAGCGUCGACGUCGAGCUUCUUCGGCGACGAGCCCUGGACGCGCCUCAUCACCAUCGGCGAGGAGCGCAUCGACACGCCCGUCUUCACGCAGCUCGACGGCGCGCAGGUGCAUAUGAUGACGGAGUCGCUGCGGCAGUUCGUGCUGGUGGGCGAGAGCGCGGGCUCCAACGCCGCCGUCAAGCAGGUCAAGGUGGUGGCGGCCGCCCCCCCGCCCACCCCGUCAGGCACGCUCACCGUCACCAUUCACGUCAUGCAGGACACCACCGCCGCGCUCGCCUACGUGACCUCGAAGGAGCGGCGUCGUGGGGCCUCCCUGCUGGACAAGCCAAAGAUGUUGUUGCUACAGGACUGCGGUGCUAACCUCUGCCUCACCUUGGAUGACCUGGCUCCCGGCUGGCGCAUCCGUCCGGGUCAACAUUAUCAGGAAAUUUCGUUCGAGGCCAUCUGGGGCGCGAAUAGCGAGACGGUGAGCACGACCUUCACCCUGGAGCGCAGCGAGGGCACGGCGGCCGCCCUUGCCUGCAGGGUGGUGGCGCAGCAGAAGGGGUCGUCGGCACACCGCCAGCUCAUCAGGAUCAACUCCGACUUCCCUUACGCGCCCGUCACGGCGUCGCCCGCCCACAUGGCCCCGAGGACCUCCACAGUGACGUCGAGUAGCGGGUGCUCGUCCCUCGUGACGCUGACGCCGGAGCCCGGGGCGUUCCGUCUGCCGCAGCGCCUCCGAUGGGAGCUGUGCCGGUGUCUGGACCCACCCAACGCCCGCGGGAACGACUGGAGGAUGCUGGCAGCCAGGCUCAACGUGGAUAGGUACUUGAACUACUUCGCCUGCAAGUCCAGCCCGACGGAGCACAUCCUGGACCUGUGGGAGGCGCGACACCGGGAGCCCACCGCCCUAACGGAUCUCCUCAACGUCCUCCGGGUGAUGGGGCGGCCCGACGCUGCCCACAUCCUGGAGAGCCACGCCGGUGCCUGGAUCUGAGGGCAGGAGACGACGACGCCCUUGAAGUCGAUCAUGAAGAAGAGGGGCCUUGACUCCCCCGCCGUCGCCGUGGGUCGCGUUUCUUUCGGAUGUAGAAGACUUUAUUGAGUGUUUUUGCGUUUUCUUUUCUGGAAACGAGUUGGAACCUUCUUUCGGUGAAAAUAACCAGGACGCUUAUGGUUUAGAAAACUGUGCUAUCUUGUGCUCCCUACAUCGUUAUAUCAAACGGAUGAUAUACACGUAUAAGUUGACAUUCUUUUUUCCACAUUAGUUAUCCUAUAAAUAAAAAGCUUUCUUGUGCAUGUUUGCCAGAUGUGUGUAUGUGUGUGUGUGCACUCGCCAAGGCAUUCAGUACCACAAGUUAUGGGAUGCUGUUUAUCUUUCAUAAAAAGCUCGUUCCGUUUUCGUCAACACGUUCAUUAACGAACUUCAGUUUGUGUUCGGAUCUGUGCCUGAACUUGUUGCCUGAAGUGAGAUGUUUAGACUAAGGGACAUCGCCAGUGUGAUCUGGCCGGCCUCAGUGUCUGAAUCGAAGAUAAAAAAACAAAAUGGAACACAAAAGUGCUAAGGAAAAUGUGAAAAUUAAAUGGUAAAACGCUUGACUAGCGCUCUCUUCCGCUUCUUUGUGAUUCAUCAGAAGCUUUUGCAGAGCCCGACGGGAAGUGAAAGUGAACUUAGUGCAAUAUUGACCAAUCGUUGCCGUGUUUGACGUCGAGUUUUUUCCUCUUGCGGCGAAGGAGACCGCGUGCCAUAGCCAGCAGGACAAUCACCACCAACAAAUAUAACCAUGAUAGAAGAAGAAGAAAAAAAAAAAAGCAUGAUAGUUGACCAUACCACGAGCUUUCUGACCCUGUGUAUAGGCUAAGUGGGAACGUGUAGCUGCUGCACCUCACGUGUGUCAAGUGUUCAGACAGUUCGUCCAUGUUUGUAUAGAGUACCAUUGCCUAAUAGAUGUUACCUCUCUUUUAAGACAUAUAUAUAACUAUAUGCCACAGGUGCAUGCCCAGUGAAGCGGUCCUGAGUGACUGCAUUGUUAACGAUCCUGAUGGUUCGAAUUUUUUUCUCGGUUUUUGUACAUAGAUACUUCGGUUCUGCUAUGGAAGUAAUAGCUCUGGUUUAUUGUGUCAUGGAAGAUGUUGUAUAGUUUAUUUAUUUACACUUGUGUGAUAUUGCCAUAAAAAAAACAAUGUAGUGUAAGAAAGAAGAAAACGGAUGUACUGGCGUUGAUAUUUUAUAUGUCAAGGAAUCAUGCUUAGAGAAUUGUGCUGUAUCUAAAAGGAAGAUAAUAAAUAUGUACUAAAUUACAGUCGGGAGCCUUCUGCUAUAACUUGCAACCGAAGUGCUUGGUGCCCAGUCUGUCACGUGUAAAAAUAUUAAAAAAUAGAUUAAUUAAGCAAUCCAGUACAGCCUUGAUCGAAAUCCAAGUGCAUUAAUAAACUGCCUCUUUGGUACUCUGUCCAGGAGGGCGUGCGAGGAGAGAUUCGACCUUUUCAGCUGAAUGAUUCUUGCUCUUUGAGAGAGGAAGUUUGCAUCUAAAAGAAGUCCUUUUUGGGGGAAUUUUUUUUUUCUUCAAAAUUUUCGUGUCGAUGGAGAGAUCCCGGCCUCACAUUCCUGAACAGCGCCAUGAGGUGGGCCUGACUUGAAAGGCCAAUAUGGGUCAGUUUUGGGACCUUUGCGCAAGAUUUGGGGGAAUUUUGAUGAAAUAGUCGUAUUGCUAUCAUGGGUCCAAAUUCUUACUUAAGACAGGGAGGUUUUAUGGGAUGAAUUUUAAAAAAUAAUAAUAAUAACGCAAUGAACCAGUCUUGCACGAAGGUUACCGACGAGUCGCCCUGCAAAAAAAAAAAAUCCUCAAAUGCAGAAUGUUCCAUCAGCUAAUACGAAGAGGACUGCUUAAGAGGAGGGCGUGGGCGCGGACAUCCGGCGUGUCUGCGCUGCACGCCCGAACCAGGCUUAAGCAGCUGCCCGACGGAAUUACGUUGAAGAAGGUGCAUGUUGUAUUCGCGAGGCCGCCCCCCGACCCGAGAGGCGCCUCUUCACGGGAGCCACCGCAGCCCCCCACACGCCCCCGCACCUCCAAUGCUCUCUGCUCCCUCAUGGUCACCUUUGACUCGCUUUCGUAGUCGCGGGGAUAGUAACUGUGAUCCACUUUCUUUAGUCACUAUAGAGGGAAUCCAUAUACACUAUAUAAUAAAACACGAGAUUUUCCAGAAGGGGAAAUUGUUCAGUAUCACCGAGCAUGGCGUCUUUCUUUCGCGGCUUCUCAAACUUUGACAGUAAACCUCCCUCCUCCCUCCCUCCCCUCCCUCCCCCCACACCCCACUUAUAUAAACGCUUGUGUGUUCGUAGUAGAGACACUUGUGCUGUGAGAGGUAGGAGAGCCGACGGUGUGUGGAUGGUGUGUGUGGGCGGCCGACGGUACCUUUCCCGCCGUCCAGCUAUGCAGCCCCACUAUGCACACACCGCUGUACAUUGCUUUUAUGUUUUGUACAUUACUGAUAUAGAGAUGAUUAGCAGUUUCUCAGGAUAUCUGUUGAAUUAUCGUCUUAUAUAAUACACAUUAUUUUACAUCUUAGCAGUGUUAGAAAACAUUGGUUAACGACAUUGCAUCCUGAAGUCUAUAAACUAUUUGAUUAAAAGAAAAAAAAGCAAAUUUCAUCCUGAUGUAUAACUUUUGGCUGCGAUUUUUUUUUAAAUUUUCAAAUGACGAAAAUAGUUCUCCUAGUGUACUUAUAGAUGUUUUAUGAGUACUGUUAAAAAUGUUUCUUGUUAAUUCUAAAUUAGAUAUCGCUCUGGCUACCAAAGAAUCAUUUUCUUCAUUGAAACUGCCGAGGUCGUUUGGUGCGGAAGUAAAACAUAAAAAAAGGGGAAAAAAAUGAACAAAAAACAAACACAAACCAUACACAUUCAUGGCCAAUGACAAACAACGGACCAGCCAAUCGUAAUUCAAGUUUUUCUUCUGUUGUUGGGACCGUUCAACGCGCGACCCGACGACCAAUCAGCUGCCUUAUUACUGGAAUGCGCAGGAAAGCCUCUUCGCGUGUUGAGAGCAAAGAUGGUCUUCCUUGGUUCUUUCAGAAUGCGAGAAAUUCCUAACCAUAAACAAAAAACGAAAAAAAAAUACUAAAAAAAAAAAAAUAUACAAUAUAACACGAUGGCAACACAUUUGAUACAGUCAUUAAAAAAAAAAGGUUUUCAUGUUGUUUAUAUGAAUUUUCUAUGUACAGAGUUAGAAUUGAGCUUUUUGUAUAUAGUCUUCCUUGGAGUCUCAGAGAAUAACUUAAGAAAAGUGUUUUACUCACUUAUUAGCAAUCACCUGGUCGGAGUAGUGUUGCCACCAGACGUUCCUUGUGCAUUUGGACGCUAAACCUUGUGAACUUAGCUGCUGCGCUGUACCCCGCCCACCCAAAGUCACCCUUUUAACAGCAAAGUACCUGUAACACACACUUAUAUAUAACCACAAAAAAGAGAGAAAAAAAGCUACACGUUUGAGUUGUUUUUCGUUGCGUUGAGGUAGAGGAGGUGACCGUGGCCGGAGUGGAGCGUGGCGCCUCCCUGUCCCUGUUGGUGCUUCCACGCGACCUGCGAUGUUCUUCCGUGAGACUCCAGCGGAGGGAAAAAGCCAUAUAUUCAGAGACAAUAAAGGCGAUUUUGAUGUA